GAAUACUGGAUCGUGUAAGAUUCUAGUGUCCAAACACUGGCAAACGGGGGUGAUAAAAAACAUUGCCAUUCUUCUCCAUGGUUUACUAGGCAGUAAAACAUUAUCGUAUGGAAGAAGACAAAAGAGAGGCUGGAGAAGAUGAAUAAUAGGUUUCUUAUUUUUUGACGGUUGAUAUCCUCCCCCGCUAGUUAUUUACAGCGAUUUAAGCGACGCCAACCCAACCAGUCCGGCGAAACAACCCGCUGCAACCUGGAUGACGCCCGUGCACCCUCCGCGUCCACAGCGCGACGCGAGCAAUAUCAGAACCACCUGCGCCCUGCACCAUACCUACCACUUCUCGUCGUCUCCGCUCUCCUCUCCUCCUCCGCUUCUCUCCUCGUAGCGUGCAUUUAUCACGUCAAAUUUCUGCACGCGGAGACACAAUUCCUGUGCAAAGAUAUUCAACGGGUGAUCAAUUGUGCCCUAUCCUCUCCCACCAAGAUGAGCGAUCCCGCGCAGCCAUCACCGGCUGGCGUAAAUCCUUCUACGGGGCCGCCGGCGGGAGACUCCACGAAUAACAAUUACGCAUUCCUCGUCCAUUCCCAGAAGUCUUUAACACAAAAUCUACCUCCCAAAGUAGAUAACAAGGCCCUGGCGCGGCAGAAGCGUCGAAGGACAAGUCCUGAUGACCAAAAGAUUCUCGAAGCGGAAUAUCAACGGAAUCCAAAACCAGACAGGGCAACGAGGGCUGAGAUCGUCAACAGCGUUUCACUGGGCGAGAAAGAGGUUCAGAUCUGGUUCCAAAAUCGACGGCAAAAUGACCGACGGAGAUCCAAACCACUCAAUCAAGAAGAUCUCAGAGCGCCCAAAUCCUCCGGUUCAGAUCAGGACACGUCCAAUGGCGACAAUCCCACGAACCCUAAGAGCCAGUCCUCUCAGUUGCCCAAGGCUGGUCAGGGAACUGGUGGUCAAAUCAGCACUGACGCGAGACGCGAGUACAUAUGUAUAUCGCCAGGUAGCUCAUAUAGGUCGCCAAUGGCGGAUUUGUAUGGGGCAGCCUUUAGUUCUCAAACGAGCAAUUCACAGACAACCGUUUUAUCUCAGCACGAAGAAACACAUGUCGAGGUUGGCAAACAGAAAGAGUCAACAGGUGGGAGCAAAGAAGGCAGUGCAACACUGAUAAACGAAAAACUCCACAUCGAGUCGAUCAGCAGGAAACGGUCCAGGUCUGAGCCUGAGGCUCCAAACACAAACAAAUACAGCCCGCCGACUUCAAGCACAUUUAUACCCCCUCCCCUGCGCAUAUCAUUGUCUUUCGACGGGGAGGCAGUGGUUCGCAAGGAAGGGGAAAACACCCCGUCGCCACAAAAACCAUUGGACUCCAUUCGAAUUUCCAUGUCUGCGGAUGGUGAGGCUCUAAUUAGAGCUGCGAAUGAAGAAUCCCCUAUAAAGAACCGCACGUCUCUAUUCCACAAUACCCGACCUGCUUUUGGAGGACUGCGAAGGAGCAUCAGCGCUUUUCCCCUCGGCGCGCUGAAGGGGAUAAAGGAACAACAAGAUCCUAAGCCAUUUGGUAGAUCUCGUGACUCCCGUAACUGGGAACUUUAUUGUGAUACCGAUGCUCGAACUGCGUUGCAGGGGUCAAAAAGCAGUCUUUUGUCAUCCACGUCUCGAAGUGUGAAACUAAGUCGCCGAAAAUCCGACUUAGGUCAUGGGCGCAAGGCCUUGAUGCCACGAACCAAUCUCCCCAACACCUUGCCGCUCACCGAAGAACCUGAAGGGAAGCGUAAAAAGCUGUCACGGGCAAUGUCUUCUUUAGCUCGUUUAGAAACUGGUCACAAAGUAUCGACAUCCAAGAUGGGAGUGGGAGAGGGAGCCAUGGAUUACCACACAGGCGACUCAGAUAAAGAAAAUUGGAUUCCGGGCACUCAAAUGUCCGCAGCAAGGCGGGCGCCUUCUAACAAACAGAAGGCCCGCCGUGGAGUACUCCAGAAACCCAACCAAAUCCAGAAUACUAGCAAUCGACAAGUAACGGGCUCUAACAAGACGCAGCGGGGCUAUCAAGGCCGACUUCUUAAUCCCAACCCCAAUACUACUUCAGAGGAUGCAGAUGAUGGAACUGAAAAAUCUUAUGGGGAGCUGGGCGAAAUAUCCCGGCUCAGUCAGGAUGAAGAUCUGGAUUGCAUCCAGGGUUUGCUGUCUUUGAGCCAGGGUGCUUGGAAAUAGUUAAUCAUGGUUGAUCAACGGAAUGGAAACUUAUUUUUUUUUGGCUAGAAUUAUAUAACUACCCUUGGACUUUGAUUUUGUUGGCGUUCUCUGGAAGGCGUGGUUUUAAUGCUGCACAAUAACGGCCAUGUUUUAUAGAUGAGAGAGUCUGGUUAAUAAUAAGUGGACUAUAUUUUGCUCGCUCCGUCCUCCGCUACUGCAAGCUCGCGGCCCAUCAUUGGUAACUCAGCAUACCUGACGGCAUCUUCCAAAUUUGCUAUGAAUCAACUUCUUUCGCAUAGUUACCAGCUUGUUUCACAAACAAAAAAAAAAAAAAAGAAAAA